CUCUCCUCCAAAUUCGCAUGGUACAUGUCACUCACUUCUCUUUCCUUUUAGAGCCAACUGGCCACCUUUAAUCAUCUACAAAACCCUAAUUUUUUUUUUUUUUUUUCAUUUUUACUCUCACAACCGACUUCAAAUCAAAUUCGCCCCAAUAUUUUCCAUGUUAUUGCGUUUUGUCCGUCUGCCUGAGAAGCCUCUCAAUAUAAGAGAAGUUUCUCACCGACCAGUCUCUUGAAAAAAUCCCCCCGUCUCACCUUUUCUUAGGGCAAAAAUCCUGGUCUACGGAUUAAAGCUGCUAAUUGCGAUUUGGGUUUCCGUGUUUCAGCGUUUACAGCACUCUCCUUCCCUCUCCGAUAAAAAGGGUGAAAGGAGUUUGGAGUUUAAGUUUAGAUAAUUUAAGUCCCGCGAAACCCUCAUCCCCUUGAUUCUGGGCCCUCUUUGUUGAUGAAGGAAGAGAUCAUUAGUUUUCGCAAUUUUCUCCAUGGACCCAAAUCCCGUGAUAUUCGAUAUCAGCUCAGAUGAAGAACCCGCGCGGGAUGAUCCCAAGGUAGAUUACACCGACUGGUUAUCAGAGAUUCUUUACGAGGUCGAGAAGGAGCUGGAAGUCUCUGAUGAGGUCGUGGUGGUAGGUGAGGUCAACCCCACCAAGCAGCAGAAGUUAAAGUCAUCCAAACGAACGGUAGACAAUGUUGCCGUCGUUUGUGAUGAUGGUGACGAUGAUUGUGUAGUUUUGGAUGGCGACCCUGAUAAGCAGGUAGCGGUCAUCAAUGACAUCACAGACGACUCUAAUGAGUUGCUUAUCGUUGGGCAAAAGGGGCAGAUUGCAUGCAGAGACUACCCUCAUCCUCGGCAUGAUUGUGCUAAAUUUCCUUUCAGUUCUACACCUCAUGAAAGGCAUUGUAACAUGUGCCACUGUUAUGUCUGUGACUGUCUUGCACCAUGUGUACAUUGGGGCACCGGUUCAUCCAGCGUUGAUCAUUGUAAUGCUACUGAUAAGGAGCGGCUAUGGAAAAUUCAGCGGGAGAACUUCCGGCUUUUGAAAAGUAGUGCCUUGCCAGUUCCAAAAGUAUCUGAUUCAUUGGUUUCUGUGGCACCACAAGUUAACCAAGAUACUGCUCGCAACAUUGUGCGGUUGAUGCCAGAAUCCACAGCACAUAAUCAGGUCUCAAGGCCGAGCACUGUUCGUGCUUGCUCGUCCUCUACUAGGGUUCGCAACUCAAACAACCGAGACCAGGUUAGAAGCAGACAAGUAGGAUUUGUUAUGAAUAAAAAUGGAUUCCAGCAACGCCCUGUUCCACAGCACUUGCUUGGGGUACAUAAUAAUGCCAUCCAAAAGGAUAGACAUCUUAAUUAUCGGAGCCUUAUGGUCUCUUCCAAUAAAACACCUCGAAGGUCUGUAGCUGUUGGAGAUACAGUCAUGCAGGAUGUUUGUUCCACAAUCAAUUUGGAGACUCAUACCAAUCAGUCCUCCUUGCCCAGUCUAGGUAGCUUCACAACAUCAACGCCUUCCCAGCCCCAAGAAUAUUGUCAGCCUAUUACAUUAUCUGAUAAUGACCCAAAUAUUAAUUGUUUGAGGAAUCAAAAUCAAGAUAUUCCUCAUCAGAGUAUUUUAGAUUAUGAAUUUGAUUUUGAUAUGCCAAACCACUCUAGUCAAAUCUAUGAACAACCUCCUGCGGAGAACUUCCACCCGCAAAACACUGGUCCAACAAAUGAACUUUUAGUUGAAUUUGAAGACUGGCUACUUGAUAAUAAUUCAGUUCCAUUGGUUACAGAUAGUUCUGGAUCUGAUCCAGUCACAUUUGAUGCAGCUAAUUAUCAUCUUGUGCUUUCUUCCAAAGAAGUUCAGCUGGGUGUGUCUGCUCGCCCUUCACCUAAAAAGUGUGAGAUAAUGGCUGUUUUGUAG